AUGGAUGAAGCUCAAAGCGGUUCGAGUUCAUUGCCGCCUUUCCUCGCAAAGACGUAUGAGAUGGUAGAUGAUCCUUCCACGGAGUCUGUCGUGUCAUGGAGUCGGAAUAAUAACAAUAGCUUUGUCGUAUGGAACCCUCUUGAAUUUGCAAGGGAUCUUCUGCCGAGGUUCUUUAAGCACAAUAACUUCUCCAGUUUUGUAAGGCAGCUAAAUACAUAUGGAUUCAGGAAAAUUGAUCCCGAACAAUGGGAAUUUGCUAAUGAGGAUUUUGUUAGAGGUCAGCCACAACUUUUGAAGAACAUUCAUAGACGUAAGCCGGUUCACAGUCAUUCUGCAUCUAAUCUUGCUUCUCUACCUCCACUAACUAAAUCAGAAAGGAAAGGCUAUAAGGAUGAUAUUGAGAGGUUAAAGUGCGAUAAAGAAGUAUUGAAUUUGGAACUGCAGAAACAUAAACUCGAGCAACAAGAACUUGAAGUGCAAAUGCAAGGUUUGAUGGAAUGCAUGCAAAAUAUGGAACUGCAGCACAAGAAUAUGUUAUCCUCUUUGGGUCAAACCUUACAGAAACCGGAACUUGCUUUAAACACCGUACCUCAAGUUGAAAUUGAUGAAAGAAAGAGAAGGCUUCCGAGAAGCAGUUACUUGUAUGGUCAAGCCAACAUAGAAGAAUCUGGAAAAAAUUCUAAUUCAACUUCCCUUUUAAAUUCGAACGAUGAAUUAUUGGAGCAGCUGGAGUCUUCACUUAUCUUUUGGGAGAAUCUAGUACUUGAUGUUAAUCAAGGUUUAGAUCAAUGUAAUUCAUUGCAGGGGUUGGACGAAACUAUAAAUUGUGCAAAUAGCCCUACUGUAUCUUGCUCGCAACUAAAUGUUGAUGUUGGGUCCAAGAUUUCAGGGAUUGAUAUGAAUGCUGAGCCGAACACUAGCAUUGUUCCGGAGGUUUCCGCAGCAGAAGAACAAGCAGUUGAGAUGACAUCCAAUGUGCGAACAGGGAUCAAUGAUCUAUUCUGGGAACAGUUUCUUACGGAAAAUCCUGGUUCAACUGAAGGAACAGAUGGCAGUAAAAACGAACAGCAACCUGUUGAUCCUGGGCAACAUUGGUGGAAUGCGAGGAGUGUGAGUCAUCUUGUUGAACAGUUAGGACAUCUAACCCCGGCAGAGAGAACUUGA